GAAAAGACCAUGGCGACGGUCUGUCCACACUCCGAUCCCCGUCUCGCCGGCAAACUCAAGUCUAUGCUUGAGCAAGCCGGCUUCAUCAACGUCCAAGAGCGUGUAAUUAUGGUCCCCAUCGGCGACUGGCCCCGCAAGCGCCGCCUUCGCAACGCCGGCGUCUGCAUCCGCGAGACCUUUCUCGGCAUCCGCGACGCCUUCGAGGUCAUGGUCCAGCACACGGGCGCCGUGCCCGUCGACGAGUUCCGCGAACUACACGAGGCGUUUCGCGCGCAGCUGUUUGACAGGAACAUUCACAUGCACGCACCGUAUUCUGUCGUAUUCGGCCAGAAGCCACCGGCGUGAUUGGAGCUUGAGACACGUAAUAGUAUUUUUUUCUUUCUUUGGGAGAGAGGUGAGGAGGAAUGAUCCAUGGAUGGUUUCCUUGGGCUUGUGCGUGUACGAACGCUCUAUGCCUUUGUGUGAGAAGGCGGUGAAGGACAUGGAUGUGGUAGGUUGACUGCGUGUGUAAGGUCUUGGUUGACUUCAAAGCUUGUUAUUUAUGACUUGUGCGAAAGUGGAGGAGAGACACAGAAUAUGCCUUAGAAAACAAUUUAAGAACAAAAGGAACGAAAGAGAAGGAAGAAGAAAAAACAUCCAGGCUCGUUCAUUGGAGCUCGUUCAUUGGAACGCGCAAGUCAAGAAGGAUAAUUUGAGAUACUGUUGGAAGUUAGUUUGCUCAGUUAACAAAGUCUUUUUGAUAGG